AUGCAUCGUUUCCUUUCUAUUCUAAGCCUGCUGCCAUGCGUCCCGGCAACACUGGCUAUUCUGGGCGCGCCUACUGUUACUAUUUCGUCUCCCCAGGCUACGAUUGCGGGUCAGGCUGGGCUAAAGGUUGAGUCGUUUAAUGGGAUUCCGUUUGCGCAGCCACCAACUGGGUCUCUUCGAUUGAAGCCACCGCAGCCUAUUGAGAGUGUUCUGGGCGACAUCGAUGCGACUGGGAUUGCGCAGUCAUGUCCACAGUUCUUCUUUGCGACGAAUACCUCUGAAUUUCCUGGGUCUGUGGUCGGGGAGAUAGCGAACAUUCCUCUUUUCCAAAAAAUUACUGAUGCUGGGGAGGAUUGUCUCACGCUGAAUAUUCGUCGUCCAGCAGGAACGACGGCGGAGGAUAAACUACCCGUGCUGGUAUGGAUUUUCGGUGGAGGAUUCGAGCUGGGGUCUUCGACUAUGUAUGAUGGGGCGUCGCUCGUGCAGAACUCGAUUGAUCUGGAUAUGCCGAUUGUGUUCGUUGCGAUGAACUAUCGUGUUGGCGGGUUUGGGUUUAUGCCUGGUGCUGAGAUCCUUGCGGAUGGUGCGGCGAACCUGGGUCUGCUUGAUCAACGGCUUGCGCUGGAAUGGGUGGCUGAUAACAUCGCUGCGUUUGGAGGCGAUCCAGAUAAGGUGACAAUCUGGGGUGAAUCGGCGGGUUCGAUCUCCGUGUUUGACCAGAUGAUGUUGUACGACGGGGAUAUCGAGUACAAGGGGUCGCCGUUGUUCCGGGGUGCCAUUAUGAACUCCGGGAGUGUGGUACCUGCAGAUCCGGUGGACUGUGACAAGGGGCAGAAUAUAUACGAUACCGUCGUGGCGUACGCUGGGUGUGAUACAGCCGAGAAUACCCUGGAGUGUCUGCGUGGGUUGGAUUAUACGGACUUUCUCAACGCUGCAAACUCGGUACCUGGGAUUCUGAGCUAUCAUUCCGUGUCACUGUCGUAUCUGCCUCGUCCCGACGGUAAGGCUUUUACGCAGUCACCCGAUCUCGCUGUGAAGUCAGGGAAAUAUGCCUCGGUGCCGUUUAUCGUCGGCGACCAAGAAGACGAAGGCACACUAUUCGCCCUCUUCCAAUCCAACGUUACCACAACAGACGACUUGAUUGAAUAUUUUUCCAACCUCUUCUUCUUCCACACCUCGCGCGAUCAGCUACAAACACUAAUCGAUACCUACAAAGACACCGCUGAAAACGGCUCGCCCUUCCGCACCGGCAUCUUCAACAACUGGUACCCCCAGUUCAAACGUCUAGCUGCCAUCCUCGGAGAUCUAACCUUCACCCUCACCCGCCGCCUGUUCCUCAAAUACGCCAAAGAAGUCAAACCCGACGUCCCCGCAUGGUCCUACCUCGCCUCGUACGACCACGGCACCCCAAUCCUGGGUACGUUUCACGGCAGCGACCUCCUCCAGGUGUUUUACGGUAUAUUGCCAAAUUAUGCGUCCAGGUCGAUACACUCGUAUUACUUCAGCUUCGUGUACGAGCUCGACCCGAAUAAACGGCGCGGUGAGGAGUUUCCGGAGUGGCCGCAGUGGACAAACGAGGGGGUCGAGUUGAUGCAGUUUUUCAAGGAUAAAGGGGAGUUGUUGAAAGAUAAUUUUCGGAAUGAGACAUAUGAGUUCUUGAUGGAGAACACGCAGGCGUUUCGGAUUUGA